AUGCAUAAAUUUUUAAAAAGUUAUGGAGAUACUUUUGUGACUAAAGGAUGCAUGAAAAACGGAUUCCUGUAUAGAGGUACAUUCGAACAAUUCCUAAUGCUGAAAGGAAAUAUUUUAUCUCAUCUUGAUACUCAUAACGAAGAAGAGUCAUCCUACGUUACACUUAGCAAUGGCCCUUAUGUUGGACCCUCGAAUUCGGAGACUGAUAAAUUUAGACAUAAUCUUGUCGAUGUUUACUUCGUGACGCCUAUUUUAUGUGUGCAAUGUGAAGAUUACAUUUGGGGUACUGGCAAAGUUGGCGUCAAGUGUAGUGGUGAGUAA